AUGACGACGAGAGAAACGCAGCAGAAAAGCCGGAUGAUCGGGAAGAGCGAUUCUUUGUGGGAUUUGAUCGUGAAGAACGACGAUAUUUGUUUCACACACAUUCUUCCGAGAUUGAAUGAGACGGAUGUGAAAUUCUUGUACGAGGUGAAUAGUGAAACGAGAAAGUUGAUCAAGAGAUCGUCUCGUGCGGGUGAUUUGAAAGAGGAGUUUGAAGUUGAAGAGAUGUCGUCGAUAUCGACUUUGGAGUUUGUGUGGGAGAAUAAAUCGUUGUGGCCGAUUUGGUGGAGCGAAAGAGAUUUCUGCGUAAAAGUUGCUCGAACGAAUAAACUCGAGUUGCUCAAGUGGGCGCGAGAGGAGAAAAAAUGUGAGUGGGAUUAUAGGACGAUUAUUGCGGCCGCAGAACAAGGUAAUCUGGAAAUGGUAAAGUAUUGCGUGGCAAAGAAGUGUCCUAUCGGUACGUGGGUGUGUGCAAAAGCUGCCCAAAAUGGUCAUCUCGAGGUACUCAAAUACUUACGCGAAGAAGUCAAAGCGCGUUGGGAUUCUAAUACUGCCGCUGGGGCGGCUUUCAAAGGUCAUCUUCACAUACUCGAAUAUCUUGUUGAGCGUAAGUAUGAUCAAUAUAGCGUAUACGCGUGUGCGUUUGCAGCCGAGAACGGCCACUUAGAGUGUUUGAAGUACUUACACGAAACCGCCAAAGCGCCGUGGGACGAAAAAGCGGUACGAGAAGCGCACGAGAAAAACCACACCGACUGUGUACAAUACCUCCUCGACAACGACUGCCCAUUACCAGAAGGUUGGCAAUACGAGCACGGAGAGUUAAACGUGCCAGAAUCAGAAUCAGAAUAA